AAUGUCAGCCCCCUUGUGUGACAUGUUUAUGAAAAAUGUUUGCAAAUUUUGUAACGUGCGAUCUCAUAUCCAAAGACAAUAUAUAGGCAGAUGUAGGUUUAAACAUGACGGUCAUCAUAGUGUUAUCAGAGUAGAUGAACAAGCUAUGGAUAAAAUGGAGAAGGGAGGAAUAACAUUUAAAAAACAUCCGGGAUUAAUUGGUUUAAGGACAGUAAAAAUUCCUCCAGAAUUAGAAAAAUCAAUUGAUGUCACUAUUGAAAACUAUCCUCUCACAAAUCUUCGUGAAAAGGCCAAGACUUUAUUUAGAUAUCUCCAGUCUAGAAGAGAACCCGUAGAACAAAGUGUAUUCAAUGAAAAACUACUGGAAAUAGAAGAAGAGAUAAAGAAAAAAGCCAAUGUUAAUGUAGAAGAACUUGAUGAAGAAGGUAAAGAGAAAUAUGAAAAUGAAAUGAGAAAGAAAAUAACAAAACGUGUAAAACAGCUAAUAUAUCACUGGCAACCCAUGAAGUAUGAUGCACCUAAAGCAAUUCAGUAUCUAGUAGCACGAACUGCAGCAGAUUAUAGUUCUAUUUUGCACUGUUUAAAAGAGAUAAAGAAUAAAGAUCCAGAAUUUGAACCAAGGGCAAUUUAUGAUUUUGGAUCUGGUGUUGGUACCACUGUAUGGGCAGCCAAUAAAAUAUGGAAUACUGGUGUAUUUGAAUAUUAUUGUGUCGAUAAAUCAAGUGAAAUGAACACAUUAGCUAGAUUACUUCUACAAGAUGGACAAGAACAAAAGAAUAUGCGAAUCUCUGGUGUAUAUUUUAGAAAUUUUGCACCUUCAGACCAUCUGAACAAAUUUAAUAUUGUUGUUUGUUCCAAUACAUUAAUGGACUUAUCUUCAUCUGAUGAAAGACAUGAUCUUAUUGAGAAAUUAUGGAAUAUGACUGAAGAUUAUUUGGUGUUGAUAGAAAAGGGAGGUUAUUCAGGGUUUCGACUGAUCAAUGAAGCUCGUAACUUGUUACUUAGUAAAUCAGCUGAUAAAGAUGAUCCUUCACUUGGACAUGUGUUUUCACCGUGUUCACACGAUAAAUCCUGUCCAAAAUUAAAAGAUAGAAAUAGUCCAUGUUUCUUUGAAACUAAAUACACCCCUUUAAAACAGUUUGAGCCAAGUGGUACAGCCCAAAAAGAAUGGUUUAGUUAUCUUAUUUUUAAAACUGGUCCAAGAAAACAAGGUAUUGUUUGGCCUAGAAUUAUACAACAAGUAAAGAAACCAUCACGUCACACUCACUGUCACUUGUGUUGUCCUGAUGGGACGUUACGACAUGUCAUCAUCUCAGAUGCUAAACAUGGAAAAGGUUUGUACAAAUGUUCCCGUUAUUCACAGUGGGGAGAUCAGCUACCAGCCAUUAUAAUGCCACAAUCAGAUGAAAGUGACGAAAAAUUGCAACAGAGCAAUACAGAAACGCACAUAUCUAGUAAAAAUAUAGACAAUGAUAAUUUAAUAUCGACUCACGAACAUGUGGUUUUAACUUCAUCAGAUCAAUCAAGUGGUGAACUUUCUGGACACAAAGACAGACAGGUUAAAACAAAUCAAAGUGUAAGGACUAAUGAAGAGCAAAGUAAAAGUAGAGGUGUAUCAGAUUAUAAUCUUACUAAUUCUUGAGAGUUGUGAUAUAUGACAUUAGUUUAGAAGUAUUAAGUGACUACACCUAAUAGUAUGUACUGCAUACAAGUGACAAUAUAGAGAAAUAGCUAGACGUGCAUGUUAACAAAAAGUAGAGUGAUCAGAUACAUGUAUUCCCAGUUCAAUCAUCACUUAGAACAACUGGAAUAUAGUAAAAAAAAAUAUAGUAAUAUUAACGCUGGGAAAGUGAUUUUUGUCCUGUGUGCAGAUACAUCAUUCCUUAUAGCUGGAUAACUGUGUGACAUGAUUAAUGAGAGCAUGAGUUCCCAUUAUGGGUGGCUGAUUUAAAACUGAUUUUUAUCAAAACACCAGUGAAGCAGAUUUAUAAUUAAAGUUUUAAAUCAAAUUAUAUAUUUAUUAAUCUGUACCUGAUAUACAUUAAUUAUUCAAUUAGUGAUAUACUAUAACAAAACAAUUAUCAAUUAAAUAUCACAGUCAAAAAUCUUUUAAAAUAUCUGGAGUAUAUCUUUAAAAUUAUUUUUGAUCAUUCUUUAUAACAAUUUAUUAAAAUCUUUCAUAAUUGAACAAUAAAAUAUUCUAUAACAAGAUUGUUAGUAUAAAUAUUUGUUUAUUUGUUAUAUGGUUAUUGAAUAUAUUAUAGAUUAAAACUAGGGCUGUGUAUUGUGGUCAAAAAUCAUAUUGUGAUAGAUAUUGCAAUACAUGUAUAUUGCAAAAUCUGGUUAAUGUACAAAUGUAUUGAUUUUUAUUGACAGCCCUAAUUCAAACUAAAUUACAAUUUACACCAGUAUAAAAUUAAAAUAAUAAAAUAUCUAUAUGUAAA